AGUAACGAGUUGGGGGAUAAGAAGAUACUCGUCGGACUCUGUUCGAUGAUGAAUUUGGGGGCUAAAAUGGGAGCGAGUGGCGCUGUUCUGAGAAUCCCAAAUGCUCCAAUCCUCCUCUCCUCCAAUAAAACACCCACACAACAAUCACUUCCUCGUACUUGCCUUUGUAGUGUUCGUAGCAGUAACAAAGGGAGGCGAUUUUCUUGGUUGUCUGUCAGACAUGGUGGCUCCUCCGUGUUGGCGUAUCUUCCUUCAUCUUCGUCCGCCUCCUCUUCACCCAACACUGGGUCUACAAAGCUCUACGUCAGUGGCCUCUCUUUUCGCACUACUGAAGAGAGUUUACGAAAGGCUUUCCAGAACUUUGGUCAACUUGUAGACGUCAAUCUGGUGAUGGAUAAAAUAGCUAAUAGGCCAAGAGGGUUUGCUUUCAUCCAUUAUGCGACUGAGGAGGAAUCACAGAAAGCUAUUGAGGGAAUGCAUGGGAAGGUGAUUUUCGUGCUAAAAGAUGAUGAUUCGUGUAAAUUAUUCGCUCAAAAGUUAUCCUCCUAUUGUUGUUUGUUCCUAUAUCCAUCCUAGGACCCACAAAAUAAACAAUGAGGAGCCUCAACAACGGUGAGGUCCAAGUUUUUAACAUCUAACCAGCCAAUCAAGCUGCGACACAUUGACAUUAAUAGUGGAGGGGGCUGUAUUUUCAAAAAGGGAUUAACGUUCGCUAUAUAGUAGAACAGCAGGCAAUCCCGUUUUGAAAAUUUCUAGUUGAAAGAACUUUUUGAGUGAAACCAGAUGGUUUAAAGUGUUAUGGUCAUCCUUGUUUCUUUGAACUCAAAUUGUAAUACCAGUUGCAUCUAUUAGCUGUUGUAGCCAAAUGCUUUGUUUUGCAGUGCAUGUAUUGUAGACUUUGCAGGUGCAUUUGAAUGUCUGAAUUUAGAUUUAAAAUUCUCUUCCAUUGGAAGUGGACUAGGAUCUUUCUGGGUCAUGCUCCCAAAAGUGUCUGUUAUUUUCAGAAUCCUCUAGAUGUGAAGUGGGCAUUGCAUGACUGAACAAACAUAAACCACUUUC